AGCUCCACCCUCACGCUACAAUUUAAACUCUCACACAUCCUCUGAUCCUCUGAAAGCAGAGAGAGAGAGAGAGCAAUGGCUUUCAAGGCCCUAGACUGCAUCACGAGGUCGGACAUCGAAGCGCUGGGGAUUUCACCGGAGCUCGCAGAGGGACUCCAUGAAAGGCUCACAGAGAUCAUCCGAAUUUACGGACCUGCCACUCCUGACAAGUGGCGGAAUAUCUCCAAGCGCGUGCUCAGCCCGGACCUACCCUUCUCCUUUCACCAGAUGAUGUACUACGGUUGCUACAGGGACUACGGCCCCGACCCGCCCGCUUGGAUACCCGACCCGGAAAAUGCAAUCUCAACAAAUGUUGGCCAGCUAUUAGAGAGGAGGGGAAAAGAGUUUUUGGGUCCAAAAUACAAAGAUCCAAUAUCAAGCUUCUCUGACUUCCAGGAAUUUUCAAUCUCAAACCCUGAGGUUUAUUGGAAAACUGUAUUGGAUGAAUUGGGCGUAUCUUUUUCUGUGCCUCCCCAAUGUAUCUUACGUGAGAGUACAUUUGAGGAAAGCCAUUCGUCAUACCCAGGUGGUCAGUGGCUUCCUGGAGCAUUUGUGAAUCCGGCUAAGAAUUGCUUGAGUUUAAAUUGCAAGAGAAGUUUGGACGAUGUAGUGGUAAUAUGGCGUGAUGAAGGGAACGAUGAUCUUCCUGUACAAAGGAUGACACUCUGGGAAUUUCGUGCAGAGGUUUGGUUAGUUGCCCAUGCAAUCAAAACACUGGGCUUGGACAAAGGGUCUGCAGUUGCAAUUGAUAUGCCGAUGAAUGUCAAUUCUGUGGUUAUCUACCUGGCUAUUGUUCUAGCAGGCUACGUAGUUGUGUCCAUAGCUGAUAGUUUUGCUCCAAUUGAAAUAUCAACAAGACUGAAAAUAUCAGAAGCAAAAGCCAUAUUUACUCAGGAUUUGAUUAGUCGUGGUGACAAAAGUCUACCAUUGUACAGUAGAAUUGUGGAGGCUCAGUCACCUAUGGCAAUUGUUAUCCCCACAAGAGGUUCUAGCUUUAGCAUGAACUUGCGGGAUAGUGACAUUUCUUGGCAUGAUUUUCUAGAAAGAGUAAAAGAUUUCAAGGAACAUGAAUUUGCUGCGGUAGAACAAUCAGUAGAUGCAUUUACAAACAUCCUUUUCUCAUCUGGAACUACAGGUGAGCCCAAGGCAAUUCCAUGGACCAAUGCAACUCCUUUCAAAGCGGCUGCAGAUGCAUGGUGCCAUAUGGAUAUCCAUAAAGGUGAUAUUGUCGCUUGGCCCACUAAUCUUGGGUGGAUGAUGGGUCCUUGGCUAGUAUAUGCUUCAUUGUUAAAUGGGGCUUCAGUUGCUUUGUAUAAUGGAUCUCCCCUUGGUUCUGGAUUUGCCAGGUUUGUUCAGGAUGCUAAAGUUACUAUGCUUGGUGUGAUCCCAAGUAUUGUCCGUGCAUGGAAAAGUAGAAAUUUUACAGCUGGGUAUGAUUGGUCCGCCAUCCGUUGCUUUGGAUCCACUGGUGAGGCAUCAAAUGUUGAUGAAUACCUAUGGCUGAUGGGGAGAGCUCACUACAAGCCUAUCAUCGAAUAUUGUGGUGGCACAGAGAUUGGCGGUGGUUUUAUUACUGGCUCAUUGUUGCAGUCUCAAUCAUUGGCUGCUUUUAGCACACCAGCCAUGGGUUGCCAAUUGUUUAUUCUUGAUAACGCUGGUUACCCCAUUCCACAGAAUGUACCAGGUAUUGGUGAAUUGGCACUUUAUCCCCUCAUGUUUGGGGCUUCUAGUACACUACUGAAUGCUGACCACUUUGAUGUCUACUUUAAGGGAAUGCCCUUUUGGGAAGGAAGGGUUCUGCGGAGGCAUGGGGAUGUCUUUGAGCGUACUUCUAGAGGAUAUUAUCACGCACAUGGUCGUGCAGAUGAUACAAUGAAUCUUGGAGGUAUCAAGGUGAGUUCUGUUGAAAUUGAACGCAUCUGUAAUGGAGUCGACAACAGUGUCCUUGAGACAGCUGCUAUUGGGGUGCCACCUCCUGAAGGAGGACCUGAGCAGUUGGUAGUUGCUGUUGUAUUCAAGGAUUCAGAUAACAUGAAGGCCGACUUAAAUCAAUUGAAGAUAUCUUUCAAUUCAGCUGUGCAGAAAAAACUUAAUCCUUUAUUCCGGGUUUCUCGGGUUGUCCCUCUCGCGUCUCUUCCACGGACAGCAACAAAUAAAGUCAUGAGAAGGGUAUUGCGGCAGAAGUUAGCCCAACUUGACCAAAAUCCUAGGUUAUGAGAACUCUUUUUAUCCCACAGAUUGUAAUAAAAUAGAUUAUAGUGAAUAAGUGAUAUUAAGUGAGAGCUUAAAUACUGCACUUUAUGUUCUUCAUUUUUGGUGGUUCAAGGUCAACAGAACUACUCUGAAUGAUAUUCCGGGUGAAAAGAUUCCUAUAUAAUGUCCAAAAGUGGAAAUCUAAACGAAGUUUCAUA